AGGGGUAAUCUGCCCCAUUCACAAGAAAGGCGACGAUUUGGAAUGUGAGAACUUCAGGGCGAUCACUAUUUUGAAUGCUGCCUACAAAGUGCUAUCCCAGAUCAUCUUCCGUCGUCUGUCACCUAAAACAAAUGAGUUCGUGGGAAGUUAUCAAGCCGGCUUCAUCGACGGCCGGUCGACAACGGACCAGAUCUUUACCGUACGGCAAAUCCUCCAGAAAUGCCGUGAAUACCAGGUCCCAACGCACCACCUGUUCAUCGACUUCAAAGCGGUAUACGAUAGUAUCGACCGCGCAGAGCUAUGGAGAAUCAUGGACGAAAACGGCUUUCCUGGGAAGCUGACUAGACUGAUUAAAGCAACGAUGGACGGUGUGCAAAACUGCGUAAGGGUUUCGGGUGAACUAUCCAGUUCAUUCGUAUCUCGCCGGGGACUGCGAAAGGUGACGGACUCUCAUGUCUACUCUUCAACAUCGCGCUGGAAGGUGUGAUGCGACGAGCCGGGCUCAACAGCCGGGGAACGAUUUUCACAAAAUCCGGUCAAUUUGUGUGCUUUGCGGACGACAUGGACAUUAUCGCUAGAACAUUUGGAACGGUGGCAGAACUGUACACCCGCCUGAAACGCGAAGCAGCAAAGGUCGGACUGGUGGUGAAUGCCUCAAAAACAAAGUACAUGCUGGUAGGCGGAACCGAACACGACCGGAUCCGUCUGGGUAGUAAUGUUACGAUAGACGGGGAUACUUUCGAGGUGGUGGAGGAAUUCGUCUACCUCGGAUCCUUACUGACGGCUGACAACAACGUGAGCCGUGAAAUUCGGAGGCGCAUCAUCAGCGGAAGUCGGGCCUACUACGGGCUCCAGAAGAAACUGCGGUCGAAAAAGAUUCACCCACGCACCAAAUGCACCAUGUACAAAACGUUAAUAAGACCGGUAAUCCUCUACGGGCACGAGACAUGGACCAUGCUCGAGGAGGACCUACAAGCACUCGGAGUUUUCGAGCGACGCGUGCUAAGAACGAUCUUCGGCGGUGUGCAGGAGAACGGUGUGUGGCGGAGAAGGAUGAACCACGAGCUCGCUGCACUUUACGGCGAACCCAGCAUCCAGAAGGUGGCCAAAGCCGGAAGGAUACGGUGGGCAGGGCAUGUUGCAAGAAUGCCGGACAACAACCCUGCAAAGCUGGUGUUUGCAACGGAUCCGGUUGGCACAAGAAGGCGUGGAGCGCAGAGAGCACGAUGGGCGGACCAGGUGGAGCGUGACUUGGCGAGCAUUGGGCGUGACCGAGGAUGGAGAGCGGCAGCCACAAACCGAGUAUUGUGGCGUACUAUUGUUGAUUAUGUCUUGUCUUAAUGAUGUGGAACAAAUAAAUGUAUGUAUGUAUGACUUGAACACCAUCGAUUCGAACUGCUUCCCGUUAUCGGAUAGUAUCAGCCGUGACCGAGAGAACUUCAGGCAAACUUCUUCUUCCAGGAACUCCACCAUCUUCUGCGAAUCUGCUGCGCGCAUCGG